AUGCCGGACAGUCAGUCCGCGACGCGACGAGUGUCCAUCAUAUCAGUGCCACACCGGUGUCGAUUCCAACAGGGUGCAGUCGCAACGCUGGUAGCCAACCGGUGCGAAGCCCGGGCAGUCCGCACGCCGCCGUUAGACGCGAGCAGUCAGUCCGAGACCGUUAUUGACGACGCUGACGAGGUCCACGCGGUGAUGUCCAUCAGCAGUAGCCCUGAGCCGAACUGA